AUGUAUAUAUUUACUUUUUCAGGGAAAGAGAAAUGUAGGUGAAACUGUUGUGCAGGUAGAAUGAAAAUACGGGUGUACAAUGUCGCUCAUGGGGAACACAUACCACUGCACCUGCCACUUAUCCUGGGCGAUGUUGACUACAAGACAGACGAUGGCGAAAUUGAAGUCUGGAACGCAAGCAGGAGAGAGUUAGUAGCAACAAAAUGGCCAGUAAUCGAGGGCGCGUUCAAAGUUUUAGUAAGAUUAGUACCUGGAGAUAAUGAUAUUAAUCUUCGAUACCAAGAUGAGAUUCUUAAAAUAACUCUUACCUUCACGUUCCCGCACUUCAAGCAGUUUGUUCGUCCGGUUUAUAUUGUACUGGCCGACGAUGAUGGUUAUUUUCAAGGUCCCGAUGACGAGGAUUGUUCGGUUGACUCGGCCCUUGAAAGAAUAAAAAUUGGUGCUAUGCUAAUCCAAACCUUCACUGCCGAGAAAAUGAAGGAGCACGGUUUCGGGCGUCAGGCUUUUCAACUAGAAUGUGACGCCAAUUACGAACCCGUCUGUAAUGUGUUCAAAAGUAGAUUAACUUUAGAACGUGCACAUAGCAUGACAGGAAAUGAACUAUGGACUCAUUUUGCACGAGAAUUGAUGAUGUCAUCAAGUUUUACUGACAAAGAUCUCUCUAAAUGGUACUGCUUUAUGUCUUUCACUCGUUACGAACCUCCACUAUCAGAAACACCAAAAACUCACAGUGAAAUUCUAAAAUACACAAAAGGACAUACAGCCUUAGGUGGUGGUGGUCUAGCACUAUUUGGAACAGGAAAUCUUCACACAUGGGCAGCAAAAGUGAGUGAAAUCUACAGUCGCUUCACGGACAUGCGUAAAAUUGACCGCACUAAGCUGAUGGACGACAGCGCUUAUAGAGAAUAUUACUGGGCCAACUACGCUACGGGUCUCGGUGCUUCACUUCAUGAAUUAGGCCAUACAUUUGAUCUCGCACACACACCCUCAGGAAUAAUGGCACGAGGAUUUGAUGACCUUCACAAAGUCUUCACAGUUCAAAGGUCAAAAGUUGCAAUACAGAAUGGGGAUCAUCGCUAUAGUAACCACGAGCGGUCACCAAGCAAUGUUUCCCUCUCUGAUACACAAGAAAGUAAAAGUCUGCUGCAGACAGAGGUGAAGGCUGUGAAUAUCAAUGAUAAGAGAUACAAAGAUGUUUGUUUUGGGAGCCCAUUCAAAAGGCCAAUCAGAAGGAACAGUAACAGUGGCAAUGUGUACAUAGCUCCAUCACCAGUUGUGUUCAAGGUGGAGGAAGGAUUUAAACCAAUGGCAUUCCAGCAGACGGUCAAUAUAAGCAUGAAGAAUUACGAUGGUAGUGAGACACAUCAAACUAUCACCAAGGAUAGGAGUUACGAAACAGUGACGGAAGUAACUCUUGGAGAGUCGGGACAGCUGUUAGCAAAGACGUCAAAAAGAGGUUGGUUUGAAGUAAUAUCUUUAGUUUACAGGUGGUUCAAUAGAUUUGAUGUAAGGGAAUCCAAGAAGAACAUGUCUUUUUCUGGGUCUCGUAUAAGGUCAAAUUUUGGUUUGCGGCUGGUUGAACUAAGGAGUGAUCCAGAAGGUGAAGUUUUCCACCAUUGGGAAUUCCUAUCCGAAACUCCGCCUACUGAAUUUGCACUAAAGCAAUCUCGUGUUAAAAAUGUUCCGAUCGAGGCCAAAACAGUGACGAUUCUCGCAGAGGACAAUGUAGGCAAUGUUCUGAAGAAAAAAGUUGAGCUGAAGGAUUUUGAAUCAUGAUAUAGGUUUUAUUGUAUAGAUGAUUGUUGUAGACCAAGGCUGUGAUUGUUUUAUUUUUAAUUUCUUCAGAAAAAAAAAAGAACAUUGUUAGUCUAAUUUAAAUGUUGGAUCCAUUUUGGCAAUAUGUACCAUAUCCUUCCAUGUAUCCAAUCAUAUUUCAAUGCAUUUUUGGCCAUAAUACUGUUAUAGAUUAUUACCAAAGAUUUCUAGCAACAUUUUUUCAGUAAUGACAAUGAUCUGUUUAGUUAUGACACUAAUCUGUUCAGUUAUGACACUUGUAUGUUAAGUUAUGACUUUUACCUGUGAAAUUAUGACACUGACCUGUAAGUUAUGACACUGAUAUUGAAGUAUCCACACUCAUGUUUCAGAGAAGUCACUUCACUGUUUUGUGACAAUACUUUACUGGUCUGUGAAGUUAUGGCACUGUUCUGUGAAGUAACAACACUGUUCUGUGAAGUUACUACAGUUUUCUGUGAAGUUACUGCAGUUUUCUGUGAAGUUACUACACUGUUCUUUGAAGUUACUACACUGUUCUCAGUGUGAAGUUACUACACUGUUCUGUGAAGUUACUACACUGUUCUGUGAAGUUACUACACUGUUCUUUGAAGUUACUACACUGCUAUGUGAAGUAUCUACA